CUGGAUCCACACCGCUUACCACUUGCCUGUCGCCAGUAGUGUACAAUAUGGUCCGUUUGCUUGGAUUUGAGGUCCAAAAUAAUGUGGACAUAAUAAGUCUCCUAGACGAGUACAAUCGAGUGUGCUGGGACCCAAUCUGUGAGAAAGUAUCCUACCUCCCCUCAGGUGAGGGACUGGACUAUGCUGAGAGUGUCAGGAAGCUGGGACCUCUCUGCGAUGCUGUUCAUACACAUUUCCUGUCAUUGUCUAAAGAGAAGUACCAGGAAGCUUUUCAUGAUUGGUUUCAGUGGACCAACAACUGUGAGGUGUUUCUUAGUACCCUCUGUUCUCUGGAAAGCCUGGAUGGGGCCAAGAUCUCACUGCAUUUAAUGAAGAUGACAUCGUGUCUAGAGCACUCUCUAGGUGAUGUAUAUUUAAUAAUUGGUAAAGAUUGUCCCUUCCUACUGAGAGAUCUUCUUGCAUCCGAUGAAUUGGCCAAAAUCUUUGGUCAAACUGUGAUGGAUGUGCUGAGGAUCUUCCUUGGCUCUCCUCAAAGUUUGAACCUCCGUAACAUCUUGUGGCAUGGAUUUGUAUCACCUCACGAGAUUCCACACAAAUAUUGCUCCAUGCUUCUGCUGUUAACCACUGGGCUGGGGCAGUUGCUGCAGUCCUGGCUUAGUAACACUGGGAUGUCUCUAGUCCAUCGACCUUACUUUGUUUUCAAGAAUCUUCAGGAAAUGGCAGUCUUUCCAGAUCUGAAUGAAGAAGUACUUUCCAUGGCUGAAAGUUUAAUUGAAAAAUCCAGGUUUGUUUUGUCUCACAUGGUACCAUUCUGGAGUGAAGCAAUUACUGCAUUCAGACAAGGCAGGUAUGCAGACUGUUCUAUAUGCUUACUACCACAGCUUGAAACGGGUCUGCGCCUGAUCUUUACCAGAGUCAAUGAAUGUCCAGAUAGGAUGCUCACAGCUGAGUCUACCAGUCUGUACACAACUUUUGAUGAGAUUUUGGCAAAGCAUUUAAGUGAUGGAUCUCAUAAUCUUUUGCCUAAUGAUUUGGGAGAAUCAGCUAUGGAGUUUCUUUGGGACAUUUUAAACCAUCAGGAGGGUCCAAGAGUGAGAGACCAUCUCAGUCAUGGAGAAAUACAGUUGUGUGAAUUUCCAAAACAAUUUGCCGUUGAGUUACUGGGGUUUUCAUUCGCACUCCUUCACAAGCAUCAUGAACAAGAUUCCUAUGACAAGGAGUGCAUUGCAGUAUUAUACCCGAUAAUUGAUGUUGUUGGAUCAUAUCAGUCCAGAUUUCAUCCAAUUGCUCUAGUUCAGAAACAGGUAUUACAAUGCUGUGAAAGCCUCCAGAAGUGGGAUCUACUUCGAUUUCCAUCUCUGUGUCAUCCCAGUGAAAAUAAGGAGAUUCAGGACAAUAUGGACCCUUCUAUGACAUUUUAUUUUGAAACAGAGCAGAUACUCUCUCUCUUACAUCUCCAAGGAAUGACCUGUUUUACCACUGAGGACUGCAGCAGCUGGCUUCAGACAGACAAGUGGUUUGUGUCUAUGACAGAGCUAUGCAGAAGAAGGAUUUCAAACCUUUUCUGUCCUCGAUUGGUCUUGGAGGCAGUAGGUGUUCUGCGUAAAGUCAGCACUCAGUGCCAUCAAGUAUCUGAUAAUAUUGUUACCACCUCACAACUAAGAUAUGAGCAGUGGCAAAACAAGACCCUACGAUCUCGUCAAAGGCAGAACUAUCAGCGAUUGUUGUGUAGCAUUAGCUCACUGUCUCCAGUUCUGCGUCUAAUUAUGACAAUAGUGAUUGUGAAUUUGCACAAUAUACACAGCAUAUCUGAAAAGACCCAUUUGGAAUACCAGAAAUAUCUGAAGCAUUUGAAAUCUCUUCUGCAGUACUCAGAAAAUAUGACAACCUGCACUAGCCCAGAGAAGAACAGAUGGGACGAAACAAUUCAGAUGACAAGUAGAAUAAUUGUAAAGAUAGAAACAUUUAUUAAAGGCAAUAAAAUUGUGACAAGAUUCAAAAUAUGGCAUAUGAUCCAGACAUUUGUAAGUCCCUAUCCAUUUCAUUGGCAAAUGAUAUCCUUGGAGAGGUGAAAGACAUGGUGUUUGAUCGUUAUAAAUAUGUUGUCCAG